CACGAUGGGUUUUUAGUAGAUCGUGCCGUCAACGAUGUGUGCUACCCCUAACAGGGCUGCCCAAAGGCUGGGCGCUGGCUCCGGCCCGACGGGAGCGCGGCGGCCAUGGCGUCGCCGGCGGGCCGCGUGGGCGACCCGCGGAAGGCGCUGCGGGCCGGCCUCCUCAGCCUCCAAAAGGCCGAGCGCCACGCCGACGGCGGCGGCCAGCAGGCCCUCGGGGCGGCGUCGGACGUCGCCGUGGCCGCCGUGCGCCUCAUGCUCCAGGCGCCGGCCGACGGGGCGCGGCAGCGCGCGGGCCUCGAGGCCCUCAAGCUCGUCACGGCCGUCAAGGCGCGCUGCGCCGCGGCGCUCGACGCCGGGGCCGCGCCCGUCGUCCAGCGCGCCGUCGCGACGUUCGCGGACGACGCCGCGAUCGUCGACCUCGGCCGCGUCGUCGCGCAGCGGCUCCUCGGCGCGGAGAACCUCGGGCCGAGCCCGCCGCCGCUGGACGUCGGCGCCCUGACCGACGACGGCGAGAUGCUCUCCCUCGGCGGCGCGUCGUCGCUGUCGUCCGGCGACGCGAUCAAAAGGCCGACGCGCGGGUCCUCCACGCGCCUGGAGCGGCGCGUCCAGCAGGACGCCGCCCUCUUCCGGAGCUACGCCGUCAGCGAGGACAACGCGCGGCGCCUCCUCGAGAUGUUCCCCGGCGACGACGAGCCGCGCCGCUCGCGCGCGCGCGACCGCCGCGACCGCGACCCCUACGGCCGCGAGGCGCGCGCGGGCGAGCGCCGCCGGCGACACCAAAGCCCCGAGCGGCGGGCGCCGUCGCCCGGGCAGCGGCAGCACGACUUCGCCGCGUCCUUCGUCCAGUCCAUGGAGCCGCCCCGGUCGCCCGAGGGGUCCUACGCCGCGGAGCCGCGGAACCCUAUGGGCGACGCGUCCGUGUCGAGCGCGGGCACCUGGUUCGAGCAGGGCGACCCGGGCGACGCGCCGAAGCUCCCGCGCGACGCGUCGCCGCCGAGACAACGAUCCAAGAGCAGCGAGCACCUGCGGUCGGGGCCGCCGGGCUCCGAGGAUUCGUCGCUCUCGGGCGCCCGGUCGCUCGGCGCGCUGCGCGUCGGGUCGUCGACGCUCGUGUCGACGGUGAAGACGGCGUCCCUCGAGAGCGCGGCGCCGACCCGCGCGGCGGCGGCCGCGGGCGCGUACGCCGAGGCGCCCGCGCCGUCCGAGGACGCGCCGCCGCCGAUGAUCCACACGGCGCGCACGGCGUCGCCGACGCCGGGGAGCCGCAAGCGGCCCCGGCGCGGCGACGACGCGCGGCCGCGGACCGCCGACGAGCGGCCGCGGACCGCCGACGCGGCGACGCCGCCGCCGGGCCGCCUCGCGGGCGUCGACGUCGACGAGCUGCUCGGCGCGUCGCGCGACAAGGCCAUCCUCGCGGCCGACGCGUCGCGGCCCGAGCACGAGCUCGCCCUGUUGGAGAACCGGAGCGUGGGCACGCGCGUGACCUUCGACGGCGAGUCCCUGAGCCAGUCGGCCGCGCAUGAGACCGUCUCUCUGGAGGAGCAGAAGACGCUCGAGGGCUCCGAGGCGUCGCCCUUCCCCCUCACGUCCAUCGAGGAGGACAUGGCGGACCUCACGGAGGCCGUCGGCGGGCCCUACUGCGACAUCGACGCGGAAUUAUUCCUCUCCGCGCACGGCCUCGCGCCGCGGAUCCCCCGGAAGAAGACCGUGCGCCUGCUCGAGCGGCUCUUCGCGCCGCCCGUGGGCACGCUGACGCUGGACCAGGCGCGGUUCCUGAGCGCUUUAGACUUCACGCGGCGGGAGCGGAACAUGAUCGCGGCGACGCGCGCGGCCGACGGCGGCGGCGGCGGCGGCGCGGGCACGGCGCGCGGCUGGACCGCGGCGCUCUCGCGCGUGACGGGCGGCGAAUUGGUAGACGACCCGGUCGUCGAGGACGAGGAGGCGCGCCUGCGGGCCCGGCGGCGGGACUUCACGGUCAUGGGCACCGCGCGCAACGAGGCCGCGCUCCGCGCGGCCGACGCGGCCGUCCAGGGCCACGUGCUCCUGAAAAACGGCGACGUCCCGGGCGUCGGGCCCCUGGGCCGGUCGCCGGCGAAACAGGAGCGGCCGGGCCCGGCCCUCGACCCCAUCGUCGUCAAGCCGUCGGAGGCGAACCGGCUGAACCACGCGUCCGCGGUCAUCCGCGAGCAGUCCAAGGUCGCCGCGGCCGCGCGGCGCGUCAUCACGGACGCGGCCGCGCGCGACGAGCCGCCGGCGCUGGCGGCCGCGGGCGCGCACCUCGUCCACGCGACGCACGACGGCACGGCGAACGGCGCGCUCAAGGCGCGGAGCGGCGCGGGCUUCUACGGCGCCGAGGGCAAGGACCCCCUGGCGGAGCCCCUCGUGGACUACAACCUCUUCAUCAGCUCCGCGAAGCUCGGCGCGGCCUUCGGGCAGGCGCUGCCGUCCGUGCCGUCGGCGCCGUGGUUCAACCUGCAGCGCCGCGAGCUCGGCGAGCCCGCGCCCCUGGUCGUGCGCACGCUCCGGGGCGCCGACGGCCGGCGCAAGGGCGUCCACGAGCAGCGGAGCACCGCGGGCUCCUGGGACGCCUACCUGCGCCGCGUCAAGGAGGACCGGUCCGGCGCGUUCGCGUACCUCGUCCGCCGGGGCUUCAAGGCGCUGCGCCACUCGCGGGCCACGCUCGCGUGCCGGCGCUGGCUCGUCCUGACGGCGCGGCGCGGCGCGGCGGUGCUGGACUUGAAGGCGCGCGCGCGCUUGGCCUACGCGCACUGGAUGCGCCAGGUCGCGGCCAGGGCAGGACAAGAGAGCGAAAUUCCCAACUUCAAAGGCUCCUUUCUCGGCCGUUGUCCACUCGUCGCGGCGGACGCGUGGCUCAAGCGGCGCGUCGAGGGCGCGCGGCGCCUCAUGGAGCGGCGCGCGGACGCGACGCGCUUCCUCGCCAUCAAGGCGCGCCUCGCGAACCAGCUCGCGGAGGCUCUAGCGCGGGGCCGCGCGAACGCGAACCGCGCGCACGAGCUCUACUACAACCGCUGCGUCGCCUACGAGUACCUCCGGCGGCGCGGCAUCAAGUCCAAGGCGUUGUCCACGGACAUGCAGGCGGCCCAGGAGGACCUGAGCAGGCUCGGCACGAACGCCGUGGCGACGCAGGUCAUGCGCCAGAUGGCGCGCGAGUGGCUGUCCGCGCGGUCGCGCGGCGUCAUGGACGCGUACAACGAGCAGUGCCGCGUCGCCGAGGAGCUGCGGGAGAUGGCGAAGAAGGUCUUCGCCCAGCAGCAGCUGCGCUUCCGCGACGCGGAGCUGCUCAAGCAGACCGCCGCGAAGACGGCCGUGCACGGGCCCAAGCGCGACGCGUGCCAGUUCCUCAUGUCCAAGCUCGGCGAGGCGGCCAUCGCGCGCGUCUACCGCACGCAGAACGCCUUCGAGAGUUUAUUGGCGCGGGCGACGGCCUGCAUCGCCCACUGCGACAACCAGGACCGCGCGAAGACAUGGCUCCGGAGCCGCGUCGGCGGGCUCCGCCACGUCGACGAGAACCGCGACGAGGCCAACGGCUGGCUCGUCGCCGUGGGCAAGCACGCGAAGAAGACGGCCGUCGCCCAGGCGCGCGCGCGCACCUGGCUCGUGCUCCAGAAGGACAACCUGCAGCGGGCCCAGGUCAUCCAGAAGCAGGGCCUGGCGAAGAAGGAGCUCGCGUCCGCGAUCCAGCAGGCCAAGGACAAGGCUUUGGGCGACAAGCUGCGGAAGAAGUUCCCGCGGCGCUUCGCCGAGCUCGAGAAGCUCGUCCGGGCCGAGGAGAAGAAGGUCGUCAAGGACCGGCAGAAGAUGUCGCUCGAGGAGCGCGUCGAGCUCGUCGUCACGGACGUCUUCAAUCAGUACGACGUCGACGCCAGCGGUGAGAUCGACCGCACGGAGUUCGUCGCCAUGAUGCGCAACGGCCUGCUCCUGGGCCUCUCGGAGCCGCCGAAGCGCGCCGCGCUCAAGGACGCGUUCACGCAGAUCGACAUCGGCCGCGACGGCACCGUCGAGUUCUCCGAGUUCUACAAGUGGUUCACGCACGCGCGGGCCAAGGGCAAGGAGGGCGCCAAGGUCGCGCCGUCCCUCGAGUCCAUCGUCCCCGCCAAGGAGCGCGCGCUGACGCGCAUGCUCAAGGAGUACCGGUCCGGGGCCCUCGCGCUCGACGCCGAGGACCUCAAGCCGCCGCCGCCGAAGAAGCUCGAGGGCGCCGCGUCCAUCCGGCGGCCCCUGGCGGAGCUCGAGUCGACGGACAAGGACCGGGGCUCCCUCGACGACCGCCUCAAAGCCAAGCUCGAGGCCAAGGACUCCGGCCCGCAGGUCGUCGACUCGCGCGGCCGCGUCGAGGAGAAGGCCGAGAAGGAGGACACGGUGAAGAAGGCGCUCAUGGAGCGGCGCGAGCAGGAGAUGCGCGGCGAGAACGACCGCGCGUCCGACGCGCUCCUGAGCGACGCGAAGCGCGUCUUCGCGCUCAUCGACGUCGACGGCUCCGGGAAAUUGGCGACGGAGGAGAUUUUAAGGGCCAUCAAGGAGGACGAGCGCGUCGCGGACUUCCUCAAGACGACGCCGAACAAGUUGCUGCAGUACUUCCUCGUGCCCGCCAAGGUCGCCGUCGCCAUGGCCGAGGCCGACGCGGACGGCGACGGCGAGAUCAGCGUCGACGAGUGGGACGCGCUCAUCCAGAAGGCGCUCAUGGCGAAGCUCGACAUCAUGGGCGGCCGCCGCGUCGAGGACGACGCCUUCGCCGAGUCCUUCCUCGCGCUGGCGAACCAGAUCUACGACAUCAUCGACGCGGAUGGCGACGAGAAUCUGGACAAGCAGGAGAUGGUCAAGGCCGUGCAGCACGACGAGGACGUCAUCGAGUUCCUGGUCAUGUGCAAGGUCACGGAGCUCCAGGACCUGCUCGUGCCCUCGAAGCUGUCGCGGGCGCUCGACGACAUCGACGCGGACAAGGACGGCAUCAUCCAGAAGCGGGAGUGGAUGGAGUCCAUCGACCGCGCGCUGAAGGCGUGCCUCGCGGCGCGCGCGGAGGAGCGCGAGGACGACGACCGCUUCUCCAUCGAAUUCCUGAGCCUGGCGCGCGAGGUCUUCCAGCUCAUCGACACGGACGGCAGCGCGUCCCUCGACAAGGACGAGAUCGUCCGGGGCGUCGAGGUCAACGGCGACGUGCAGAAGUUCCUCAUCUCCUGCGGCAACCAGUACCUCCAGUACCUGCUCGUCCCCGCGCGCGUCAAGGCCAUGCUCUGGGAGCUCGACACGGACCACGACGAGUCCAUCUCCCUCGAGGAGUGGGACGCGGCCAUCGACAGCGCGCUCAAGACCAAGCUCGACGCGCGGCGCGCGGGCCGCGAGCGCGACCGCAAGGCCGCGGUCGACGAGCAGCUCCAGGCGGCCCUCAAGGUCAACGCCAAGACGCUCGAGAUGGCCAAGCUCGGCAAGAAGCCCGCGGGCGGCUGGCCGACCAUGGGCAAGGACGGCAACGUCCGCGGCGGCGAGUCGCGGGAGCAGCUCCUCGGCCUCACGCCCGAGCAGCUCGCCGAGCAGGCCCGCCUCGAGAAGGAGGCGCUCAAGGCCGCCUUCGUCGCCCGGCCGAAGAACGCCAAGGGCAUCGCCAUCUCCGACCGCAGGUCGCGCCUGUGCAUCGUCAUGUAA